UUUACUCUGCGUAACAUCAAUGCACUUCCGAUAAUAAGAUGUACAUUCGCUUUUAUCCAAGAGUAGAACAUAAUCAUAUUUCCUGAUUUAGGUUGUCCAUUGGUCGUUGAGAUACAGCUAUGGUCUGCAUUCCCUGCAUCGUCAUUCCCAUUCUCUUGUGGGUGUAUAAGAGAUUCCUUGAACCAGUCAUCUACCCCUUCAUUGGUCCAAUUAUAAGCCGGUUUUGGCCAACAAAAAAAGCUGUCCAGGAGAGUGUCACAGGAACUGGUGAUAUGAAAGCCAGUGAAAAGAGCAAUGGAUGCCCAGUGUUGAGCAAUGGAGCAUGCAAGACCGAAGUCAAUGGUCUGGUUGCUAAUGGGGCAGGUGCAAAUGGAUCAGCUACUGCAGUCUCUGACAAGAAGACUGACUGACAUUUCACUUUACACCUUAAGUUAUAUUUAUCACUGUGAAAGUGUUUUAAUCCAAUAUGGAGAAAACCUAAGUUAAUCAUUAUUUUAUGAAGUUGAGUAAUGUAGAAUUGUUUAUUGCUGAAUUUAACAUAGCAACACACACUUUACAUUUUCCAUAAUGCUCAUUACAAUUGCUUUGAGAGAUUGAUUUAAAGUUGGUCUUUUGAAAUGUUUGCAUUGUAAUUGUAACAGGAAUUGUCCAUAAUAUAUUUGCGGAAUAGUGACAUUUUUGUGUUUCACUGUGUUGUGACUGGCUGUGAUAUUCGCCUAUUCAUUCCUCCCACUGGAGCAGCAUCUGUUGUCAAAAUGUGAAAGCUGUUCUGUCUUUGUGGCUGUGUUAUCCAGUGGUUUCCUGGUUGCUAAAAUUCUACACUGUUCACUCAAUUUCAAUUUAUGUCACAAAACGAGCACUGAAUGGUGUAGGGAAUCAUUGUAUGAUCUAAAUCACUGUAAAUUAUCUUUUCAAUAACAAUAAAUAUUGUUGUUACCGCUGUUUGAAGCUGGUGGACCAUAACUAAAAGUAACUUUUGGUGCUGGUGGACCAAAACCUGUGGUCCAAUGCCACAAAGUCAGAACAUUUUGACAACAGAUGCCUGUCUGGUGGGAGAAAUCAAUAGGCGACUAUCACAGCCAAUCACAAGACGGGAGGGUAAGUAAUACUAUGGAACACUAUCAUUCCACUAUUAUUGGCAAAUAUAUUAUUGACAUUUUCUGAAAUUACAAUGGAUUUAUAUAUUUUUUAAAUCCUAUGUGUAGCACCUUUAAUAAAUUAAUAGUAUUUCUGCCUUUGGUUUAUCAAGCUUGAAUCCAUGAUGUGUUUAUAACAUGCAAUACCUAGUUCUGUAUGGUAUUUAGUACAUAUUAUAUUUUAUAAUUCUGAAAUAAAUUAUCAACAAUUUAAAAAAAAUUGAC